GUUCACUCUCGUACGGCAACUGUCGUUACGAUCGCUUUCGUACACUCACCUCAGAUUCCUACUGUGGGCCGAGGGCGAACUCGGCCGCUCUUGCAGAUCGGCUACUAUUUUCCCGUGCUUUGCGCAGCUUAGCUAUUGCAGCAGCUCUAUAGGUCGACGAGGCGGACCGGAUCAGGUGGCUUGGCCAAGGCUCGUGCACGCUUGGGGGCUGGGACUGCGAACUGGGCCUAGCUAGCGAGUGUUCGUUCGACGGGCGGAUACCUGCGUGGCGGAUAGCUAUUGGCGCAGACGUCACCACUGUCCUCCCUCCGCCAUUCCCGCGCGUCGCGGGUGCCAGUGGGAGCACAGCGUGGUACAGCGCAGCGCCACGUGGCACAGGGACAGGGGGAGCGCUGUUGCUGCUACAGCUUGCUGCUGCUAUGCCACCGUCCGCUCAGUGACCUCGUUCCCCGCGCCUGCGGUGUCCUGUCCUCGCGCCCUUCGUUUCGACAAGUCCUCCCAUCCCAGUCGCUGGUCGUGGAUCCCAUCCCAUCCCAUCCCAUCCCAUCCCGUCCCAUCGCGCGUUGCUUCCGAGUCUCGAGUCGGCACAAGACUACUCAAGACUGCUCAACAGCAUCCCCGGCGCCAUGGUGCUCGUGCUCGCGCUGGGCGACCUGCACGUGCCGCAUCGAGCGGCGGACCUGCCGGCCAAGUUCAAGAGCAUGCUGCUUCCCGGAAAGAUCCACCACGUGCUGAGCCCGGGGAACCUGUGCAUCAAGGAGGUGCACGAAUACCUUCGGUCCAUCUGUCCGGACGUGCAUGUGACCCGGGGGGAGUAUGACGACGAGGCGCAGUUCCCUGAGACCAAGGUUGUGGUGGUGGGCGGCUUCAGGAUCGGCCUGUGCCACGGCCACCAGGUGAUCCCUUGGGGCGACGUGGAGUCCCUGGCCAUGCUGCAGAGGCAGAUGGGGGUGGACAUCCUGAUCACCGGCCACACGCACCGCUUCAAGGCCUACCGCCACCAGGGCAGGCUGCUUAUCAACCCGGGCAGUGCCACCGGCGCCUACACUCCCACCACUGCCACUGCUGCUGCUGCUGCCGCUGUUUCCGGCACUGUUGGUGCUUGUAGUGACACUGCUGGUGAUGCUGGUGCUGCCGCUCCUACCGCUGCUGCUGCUGCUGCUGGUGGUGCCACCCCGUUGCACCCGAGUUUUGUGCUGAUGGAUGUGGAUGGGGCGCGCGUGGUGGUGUACAUAUACGAGCUGGUGGGUGGCGAUGUCAAGGUGGAUAAGAUCGAGUUCAAGAAACCCACUGCCGGGGCUGUGGGCGCACAGUGAGGAGGAGGGGGGAGCAGUUAGGGGGAGUGGGGCGGCAGUGGGGAAAGAGGGGGGGAAGUGAUGGGGAGUAGGGGGCAGUGAGAGGGAGUGCAGGGCAGUGAGGGGGAGUGGGGGGCAGUGAGAGGGAGUGGGGGGCAGCGAGGGGGAAUGGGGGGCAAGUGAGGGGAAGGGCGGGGCAAGAGGGAGGGAGGGGUCAAGUGAGGGGGAGUGGGGGGACAAGUGAGGGGGAGGGGAGGGGAGAUGGUGACGGUGGCGGUGACGAUGUCAAUGGUCCACACACUGCAAGCAUGCUAUCCACCAUACCCACCCACCACCAUAUCUACUUGCUUACAUAUUUACAGCAACACAACAAUCCCUCUCUGUAGAAUGCUUAACACAGUACGUGAUGUCAACGAAUAAACAUAAGGUAGUUCCUAGUGUGUAUUUUGUCAGAUGUAACUUAGGUUGUUACUGUAGACUAUACUGGAUUGUGCCUUAGAGGGUACAACACCCUAGUCUGUAUACCCUUGUACUUACACUUUCUAGUUCAAU